AUGAACCCUCGAAAAGAAAGCGACAGGGUCGGAAGUGCAGUCAUUAAAAUGAGUUUACACGUAGUGUUAUUGUUAUAUUCGCAAUUAGCAUUGAUGUACGCAGCACCGUUCCAGUCUCAUCAACCUCUGCAGUUGGAGUCAUCACAGAUCUCAUUGCAGCAACAGUUAUUAGCUUUACAGCAGUUACAGGCGUUAAGACAGUUGAAUUUAGUAAAUUCGCCAAUGUUGCCAUACUCCGCACCUCCAAUGAUUUUAAUAUUACCAAGCGCACUGCCAAAUACUAUGAUAGACACGAAUAACUAUUUUAAACUUUCUCAUACAGACAAAUUAGGAAAUAAGAACCAAUUAAAGAAUCCCAACAACGAGGAACUCGAUGAAGAACUAGACUCUAUUAUUGUAAACGCAGAAACAGAUGUCGAUCGCAACGCUGCAGUUGAACAAUCACAAAAAGCGAUAUUACUUCUACCAAAUAGAGGAAGAAUUUCUAUAGGAGGUAUUAUUUCCACAAUACCUUUUCUACCUAUAGAAAUUAACGUUCCCGAUACAGCUAUGUGGAUAUAUAACUGGAUUUCAAGUAUCAUAGCAGGUAUUGGACAAAGAUGGCCUUUGAAGCCUAGACCUGGUGAAACUCCACAGGAUGCAAAUUUAAGAGUACUGCUGAAAGAGUUACAAACUAAGAAGCAAUAUCAGGCACCUCCAUUUAUAAUUAUGCCUGUGGAAAUGCCUAUAAUUCCAGGACAGUUGUGA